GGCGGUAGGCGCCCCACUUAGUCCGCCGCGGCCGUUCCAGCGUCGCGCUGUGUCGCUGCUCUCUCGCCCACCGCCGCUCACUCCUCCUCUUCCUCCUCCGCCGCCGCCAUGAACGGCCAACUCAACGGCUUCCACGAGGUGUUCAUCGAGGAGGGCACCUUCCUCUUCACUUCCGAGUCCGUGGGCGAGGGGCACCCAGAUAAAAUCUGCGACCAGAUCAGUGACGCUGUCCUGGAUGCCCACCUCAAGCAGGACCCCGAUGCCAAGGUGGCCUGUGAAACGGUGGCGAAGACGGGGAUGAUCCUGCUGGCAGGGGAGAUCACCUCCCGGGCUGCCGUCGACUAUCAGAAGGUGGUCCGGGACACCAUCAAGCACAUCGGUUACGACGAUUCCUCCAAAGGCUUUGACUACAAGACGUGCAACGUGCUGGUGGCCCUGGAGCAGCAGUCGCCCGACAUCGCCCAGGGCGUCCACCUGGACCGCAGCGAGGAGGACAUCGGCGCUGGGGACCAGGGCCUGAUGUUUGGCUACGCCACGGAUGAGACGGAGGAGUGCAUGCCCCUCACCAUCGUGCUGGCCCACAAGUUGAACGCCAAACUGGCAGAGCUGCGGCGUAAUGGCACCCUGCCCUGGCUGCGCCCUGACUCCAAGACGCAGGUAACGGUGCAGUACAUGCAGGACCGCGGCGCUGUCAUUCCCAUCCGGGUGCACACCAUCGUCAUCUCGGUGCAGCACGACGAGGAGGUGUGCCUGGACGAGAUGCGGGACGCGCUGAAGGAGAAGGUGAUCAAGGCGGUGGUGCCGGCCAAGUACCUGGACGAGGACACCAUCUACCACCUCCAGCCCAGCGGCCGCUUCGUCAUUGGUGGCCCCCAGGGUGACGCCGGUCUGACCGGUCGCAAGAUCAUCGUGGACACCUACGGGGGCUGGGGGGCCCAUGGCGGCGGUGCCUUUUCGGGGAAGGAUUACACCAAAGUGGAUCGCUCGGCCGCCUACGCCGCGCGCUGGGUGGCCAAGUCCCUGAUCAAGGCCGGGCUGUGCCGCAGGGUGCUGGUGCAGGUCUCUUAUGCCAUCGGGGUGUCCCACCCCUUGUCCAUCUCCAUCUUCCACUACGGCACCUCGCAGAAGAGCGAGCGGGAGCUGCUGGAGAUCGUCAAGAAGAAUUUUGACCUCCGCCCCGGGGUGAUCGUCAGGGAUCUGGAUCUGAAGAAGCCCCUCUAUCAGAGGACCGCAGCCUAUGGCCACUUUGGUAGGGACAGUUUCCCUUGGGAAGUUCCCAAAAAACUAAAAUACUGAGGAAAAAAAAAAAAAAAAAAAAAAAAAAAAGCCUUGUUAGGCUUUUUCCCCCCACUCCUGCGGGCGUAGGUUACAGAGAAGCUCGCGGGCUCUGGGGGAAAGAGCUCCUCAGCCCCCCCAGGUUCUCCUGGCCCCGUGUCUCCCCCCCACACUCCCUUUUUCUCUCUCUUUCUCUCUCUCUCGCCAUCGUUUCGGUUGCGUGGGGACCACGCGCGGCCUCGUGCCUCUCCCCGAGCCCCCCACCCCGUGUCCCCCCCCACCUCCGCGGCCGCCGAUCCCUCCGGCUUCUUUUUAAAAAUCUCAUGUGACGUCUGAGCUCAGAGACGGCAAAAAGCCCCGAGCGCUUCCCCCCCCCGACCUUGACUCUCGCUGUCCCACUGCGGGGCGGGGCGGGGGGGAACACGACAUUUCGGCUCCCCCCCUUUCCCGCUGGGACCUCACUGGUGCUGGUUUUGUUCUUAACCCAGAUUUUAAACCUCUCUUCUCUCGGAGGAUGCACGUUUUUGGGGGGUGGGGGGGGACAGACGGACAAUGGCGUUAAAACCGCUCCCCCCCUGCUCUCCAAACCCCCCGUGCGGGUUUGGUACCGGAGGAAAAUGUUUUAUGGUUCUUUUUUUUCUUUAUAAGAAAGCUGAAGUGACUCCACAACUGCACAACCCCCCCCCCUCCCCUUCCCGCCCCCCAGCUCGGCGCUGAGGUGGGGGGGGGGGCUCGGCUGAGGUUUAUAUAUAUAUUUUUUGGGGAAAAAGGGGAGGGAUUUGGCCCUUCAUACUUGAACGUUUUUUUCUAGCGGUGUAUUUAUUGUGUGCUGAGGCGCGGGGCGUGAGUACAGAGAAGCCCCCGGGCUCAGACGGCAGCUCUUGAUUUUUUUUCCUGAAAGCCCGCCCCCAGCACCUUCACCCCCCUCCAGCCGCCUUUCCCCCACCCCCAGGAGGCUGAGAGACGGCCUCCGAAUUGGGGUAAAAAAGGGGGAAAUCGGGUUUAUUGAUGGAGGGGGAGAGGGGCAGGCAAGUGCUGGGGCUGCCCGGCCCCGGGACUGCGGCGCAUUUGGCCGGUGUGGUACAGAGAAGCCGGCUUGUUUACCUGCCCGUCCCGGGGGGGGCCGGUGCCCCCAGAAGUGCCUUGGUGGGGUGGGGGUGAUGGCGGGGGGCUUUCUCCUUUUUUUUUUUUUUUUUUUUUUUUUUUUUUUUUCCUCUUUCUUUUAAUAUUUUUUCUGGAGGUUUUAUUACAUUUUGUUUCGGUUUCACCAAUUCCAAAAAGAAACUAAAGAAAUCUCAAUAAAACUGUUGGGUUCAACCGUA